AGGCAAAGAACGAGAGAUAUUUGGUUUAAAGAGAAAAGCUCUAUUUCCUUCUUGAUUGGAAUAGUUGCAAUGCCCCUAUAUUUAUAGUCCCUAGAAGCCAUGCACACCAAACAAUCUAGCAGGGAAUCCUUAUAGGUUUGGAUUCACCUUUUACAAAACAAACUAUGAAUUUUUCCUAACGGGACACAGUUGCCACUACAUCGGAGGGGCGACUCGGUGGCGCACCCCGCUCUUCGCCGGUGAUGGCCCGUCGCCGGCCUAGCUCGACUGCGUCUCUUACGUAGCAUGGACUUGGGGCAUGAUGCCAAAGAGGCAUGGGACGAGUGGGAGAUCCACUGCCUAGUCCUCGCGAGCCUCUCCCUGCAAGUUUUCCUCUCCCUCACAGCUGACCUGCGGCAGCGCAGCGCAUCACGCGUGCUUUGCACUCUGCUAUGGCUAGCCUACCUGUCCGCCGACACGGUGGCCGUCUUCGUCCUCGGCCACCUCGCCGUCCAUGCGCAGGCGCCGAGGCACGAGCUCAUGCUGUUCUGGGCGCCGUUCAUGCUGGUCCACCUGGGCGGGCAGGACAGCAUCACGGCCUUCUCCAAGCAGGACAACGAGCUGUGGACGAGGCACCUGCUGGGCUUGGUCACUCAGACAGCAGUGGCUGGCUAUGUGGUGUCCAAGUCAUCUUGGCCGGAUAUCCGGCUCAGGGCUGCCAUGGUGCUCAUGUUCCUGUGUGGAUUCUUCAAGUAUUCUGGGCGCACAUAUUGCCUUUAUUCAGCAAGUCCAAAGAUUGUUAGGGCUUCAACCAUGGCUGGUUUGUGGUUAAUACAAUCUGAUCUGCGACAUGGGCAGCAAGCUUCUGGAAAUAGAACAGAGGUAACAUAUGCUAAAGAAAGAUUCGAAGUGAUGUUCCAAGCUGACAAGUGCUGGGAAUUUAUAAAAGACCAAACUCGUUUCACCUCUGAGGUGGAAGACAUCAUGUUAGUGGAUACUCCGGUUGAUGAUGUGCUCAUCACCAUAAAAUCAGAGGAACUAUCAGACAUAGUGAUGGAGUUUAAGGAUAUGCCAGACCGGUGCGUAGCUUACCAGUACGUGGCCGCACAUCUGGUACAAUCCUACCAAUGGCUCUACACCAAAGCAUCACUUUUAAAAAUUGUGCAGGAUUUGGAUUCCGAAACGCGUGCUGAUACAUUACUUCACUGGCUAAUUCUUGUCCCUUUUGAUCUCACUUACAACCUAUUCCAGUAUAUUUCAACCGCAAUAGCGCUGGUGCUCUUUGUGUCUGCUCAAAAGGAGGGCCACCAUAGUAAAGCCGAUAUCGCUGUGUCCUACAUAUUGCUCAUUGGGGCCAUAGUCCUGGAUCUGCUGCCUGCCUUCAUGUCCAUUGUCUCAUAUGCAAGAAAACCAUUGCGUCCAAGAUCAGUGUAUGAAUGUGCAUUCUUCUGUGUUUCCAGCUGCAUUCAGCCUCAAGGCUGGCGCACAAUAAAGCAGUGGUCAGAAGAGCUAGCACAAUAUAGCAUGAUCAGGAGGUACACAAGUCUGCGAGGCGACCAUGGAUGCAUGUCGUCCAUAUGGAAAUGGAUCCUUAAAUGUAAACCCUUGGGUGCCUGGUGUGUUGAGUUCCUUGACUUGGCAAGGACACCAGUUAGUGAUGACCUCAAGUUGUUCGUCCUCGACAAGUUGUUAUUCUUGGAAACCAGGAUACAGGAGUGGGACUUUGCAAACUUUCGUGGCCAGAGAGCACUUGGGAAGUGGAUGGACAGCCAUCAGGUUCCAGUUGAAGAACCUGAAAGGUCAUGCUAUGCAGCACUGCAUAAGAGCCUCAGCAGCGGUGUUGAGUUCCCGACGAGCGUCCUCAUCUGGCACAUUGCAACAGAAAUCUGCUACUUCUCGGGGGACAAUGGCCAUGGUAUUGAAAAUGAUGAAACUAGGACGACGACGGAGAGGAAGAAGAGGAGCAGGGAGCUAUCUCAGUAUAUCAUGUACCUGGUGUUCAAGUGUGAUGUCCUGCUUACAAGCAACUCCAGGUAUCUACAUUACAGAGCUGUUGAAAGACUCACAGAAAUCCUUUUAGAUCAGUCAGCAACGGAUAAUCUAGAUGAGAAGAAAGCUGCCAUCAAGGUGUUUGAUGCUAUGAAGGAAGAACAGAUGCAACCCUUGGUUCUGCAGAGUCCGGAGAAGGAAGCCCUUUACUCUCUGGUGCUGCAUCGUGCCCACGCGGUAGCCCAGGAGCUGACUGACAUCGAUGAUGAAGCUGACCGUUGGCACCUCAUCUCGGAGGUGUGGCUGGAGAUGUUUUUCUACACGGCGCCUCGUUGCGGGCCUGAUUUCCACUAUGAGCAUCUUAGCACAGGUGGGGAGUUCAUCUCGCAUGUUCUUCUUCUCAUGCGUUCUCUUGGCCCUUUUAUGCCAAAGCCUGCUGCUUAACAGGGGCAUCAUGCCCUUCUCCAUGUCAAAUAAUAUAAGUGCUAAUAAUGUCAAAUAUAUAUAUGGAUAGGCGGCCUGCAGUAACUAUUCUGUAAGAACACUUUUAAUAAAUUCCCAGUUUCUUACUCUUGCAGCGAGGGAAUAGACAUGGGACAUUUCUCUGUUGUGAUUCCAGUUUUCUGAUUCAGAGUGUGAGGUGUGUUAUGAGUAUUAAAUUCAUGUAAUGGGUGUUAAAUACUAAGAGUGAUUGUAGUAGUGAUUGUUCACCGGAACUCAGCGUGGCCAGGAGAAGGGGAAGACCUGGCUUGUUUCGAUACCCUUGUAAAAUCUGUUUUGA